AUGUGCUUCCCCUUGCAUUCUCAGCUUAAAGAUAGUACUUUAAAUGACAACGACAAUGCCGCUUGCAAAGAUCAACCUGUUAUUACAGAACGUAAUGCCAACUUUCGGCAAGACGAUACUUUAUCUGAAGUGCUUGGGGCAAAAGUUAGAAAGGAAUCGUUAAUGGACCCAAUACACAACAAAACAAUGGUUCGCGAGUAUGACCGUUACGCCUCAUUUGCAAAGUACGAGGAUACAAUGGACUCUAUCAGCUAUUCAAUCUCGCGACUUGUUUCCAAAGGGUUUUACUAUAACAGUGAAAAAAGACUGUGUAUUUGUUUUGUAUGUGGGGUAGAAGUUAAGCAAUGGAACGAGACAGAAUCGAUUGACGAAACUCACCGCCAGCUUUCACCCGACUGUCAAUUCAUAACUGGUAAAGAUGAUAUUAAUAAUCCAUUCCACAAGUCGGAAGGAUUUUGUGAAGGGCGCAUUCAUGAAGUCGGCAAAUCUUCACAAUCAAAUAUUGUAGCUGGACCAUGUUCAGAAGCACUAAUUGAGCAAACUGAUGUUAAUAGACAGUCUAAAUUGGCGAACAAUCAAGACGCAUCCGACAUGGAAACAUACAAACAACUUUCCUUUGGAACAGCCGCAGGACGGACACAAACACAAUUUAGAGAUGACUUUAUGUAUUUAGGUGAAAAUGCAAAAUAUCCGGCAUACUCGAGCAAAUCUGAAAGAACCGCAUCGUUCUUGUGCUGGAGACGGCCUGAUAUAGUGUCAACAAGCUGUCUCGUAGACGCUGGAUUAUAUUACACGGGUUGCGGAGACGAAGUGCGCUGCUUCCAAUGUGGUGGAGGUUUGAACAACUGGGAGAAAAAUGACGACCCGUGGGUCGAGCAUGCGUACUGGUUCCCAAGUUGUCAGUACGUUAUGCUAUCCAAAGGUCAAGAAUUCAUCGACAUGGUUCAAAUGAGGAAACGACUCGAUGUAACUAAACAAGAGCGACACAUUUCUCAUAAUAUAAAUACGGAGGCGCAGUCUUCGACAACUGGUACACCAACAAAUAACAACUUAAAGCCGUAUGAGUUACCGCGGCAACGAACAUCGUCCGAAGAGAGUGACAGAGCCUUGAUAACAACAUUUAUUGAAAUGGGCUUUGGACGAGAUCUUGUACUGUUGGCUUUAAGGAACGUCACAAAAGAAAGAAGUAUUUCAAGUAUGGAGAAUGAAGUAUUAGAAUAUCUGCUGAAGAAUAUCGCCCCAGAGAAAACGGACAUCCCAACACCUACCAAAACUAAAACGUCAAUGAAAAUAAAGGAAACAAACAAUGAUAAAUCUAGCAAUGAAACUAAGCUAGAGAGUUCAUCUAUAACAGCACGCGACCGUCUCAGGGACUCUGGUAUUCGUGUGUCAAAUGAGCUGACAAUUUCCCAACGUAACAAAAUCAGGGACCUGUCGCAGCGUGGUAUACAGGCAUACUACAAAAAUGGUGUACUAUACCAACGUCAGACAUCAACGGAAAACAGACCUUUCGCGCGUGCACAUCGUAGGCUUGGCCAAGACAAAGCGAUGGAUGCUGCAAAUGCUUCUACACCUUCGGUUGGCAGUGCCGAACAUCAUGUGGACUAG